AUGAGUAGCGUUGUGACGCUGAUGGAGCUGUUUGUGGAACCAAUAUUAAUGUUAUCGAAGGAGCCCAGUCUAGCGGAAAUGCUAACCGAGUGCGUGGGCUGUGAAGUAAAGCCGGAUGAUCCGCUGCCAAAAAUGAUUUGCUUGACCUGUGUGAUCGAAACAAAAAAUGCCUAUCGAUUCAAGCGGAAAUGCGAGCAGAGUCACAAGAGUUUCUGGGAGAUGCAUAACAAGCAGAAGCAGCUCAUUGCCGCACAGUCCCAAGUUGUCGAGCAUCCAAUUGAUACGAGUCCUAUUAAAGUAGAAGUGCCUGAAACUAGCGAGGUGAAAAGACCGAAUGGGAAAUCAUUUACCAUAUCGUCGAUAAGGAGCAUCAAUACGUCAGCGGACCACAUAGAUGAGUCCCAUGACAAAGGACUUUCUGUGAGGAGUCUGUUGAGCGACACACACAAGACAAUAACGCUGAAAGAGGUAGUCCAGACCUUCAAAUGUCUCCAUUGUCCUCGAGCUUUCAACGAACGCUCCUCGCUUCAGACACACCUUCGAGCUCAUGGCGUGACGCCAUACAAGUGCCGACACUGCCCCAAAUCCUUUGCCCACCAUGAAGAGCUCGACGAGCACCUGCAUCACAGUCAUCAUGUGGAGCUGAGAUUCGAGUGCGCCAAAUGUCCGAAACUAUUUAGUACCGAAGAGAAUUUAAAACUGCAUUCACGUUCUCAUGUUCCAGCCCGUCGUAGUUAUGAAUGUCCGCAUUGCUUAAAACCCUUUGGCCAGUUGCCGAGUCUGCAAAAACACAUGCGCAUCCAUUCGCCAUACAAAUGUCCAUACUGUCCGAUGUCCUUUGCUCACAAGCACAUGCUCGCUUAUCAUGUCCUCGUCCACACAGGCGAGCGUCCGCAUAAGUGUCCGCAUUGCGACAAGGCGUUCAAGAAGAAACAGCAUGUGGAGUACCACUUGCUCACUCACCGAGGGGAAGGCGUAUUGUAA